UCAAUUUAUAAUCAUUAUUAAUCAUACUCCUUACUCAGUCAGUCAGAAGUCAGUGUUAGUGUCAUUCGGUUGUGUUGUGUUAUUUAUUUAGUGACUUUUGUGUCAGUGCCCAGUUUAUGUUGACAAAUAAAUAAUGGAUGACCGAUCACUAUCACGGACCAUGGGGUCCGUGGUGCUGCAAGUGGGUGCCCUGGAGCUCAUCACGCGGUAUUCCAUGAACUCCGGCAGAGCUACCAGCCUUCUGUCUUCGCUGCAUGAGUUCAGAACGCAGGAGAUGGAACAAGUCGGUGGAACACAAUGGAACUGGAAGUAUUUGAGGGAUCAAUUUAACCAAAAAAAUUUAGAAGGACUCUAUAGAAAAUAUGACGACAAACUAAGAGAGACACUGAUAUUUAUUUAUUUAUCUUUAUUAGUAAUAUUUUCAACCACACACGUAGUAAUAGUUGUCUCUAGUACUUUUUCUGAGGUUUCGACGGACGACGAAAAUUUACCGAAAUUAUCAAAAAACGCGGUUUUCUUACAGCAAAUACAGUCAACAUCAACAUAUUUAACUAUGGGCAUGUAUAUACUGAGGAUAGGUAUACCUAUAUUAACGUUGUGGAAAACGUGUUACUAUCCUAUGAAAAAGAAAUGCCUAUGGAUGCCAAUUCUUGUGACUUUCAUCGUCACAUUGGACCUUGUUCUUACAGACAUCGCAAUAAGCAUCUACAGUUCGUUCGAGGGUAUCUCCCUAAGGCCGGCCUACUCAACCAUGGCACUGCUCUCAAACUACAUCUUCCUACCAAUGAGGAACAACUUCCUGGCCAUCAUCCUCGGUAUCCUCGUCAGCGUCAUCUACGUAUUGAUAUUUGCCUUCUUCACAUACGACCAGGAUCCUCAAAUCGGUAUAGUGGUUGCAUCAGACAUCAUAUACCUGAUCGGAGUCAAUCUGAUGGGAGUGUACUUUCGACUGAUGAAUGAAAUAGUCACGAGGCGAUCUUUUCUGGACAGGAGAGCGUGUGUCGAAAGCACCCUUAGACUAAAAUUCGUUAAAGAUCAGGAGGAACGCUUGAUGAUGAGCAUCUUACCUGAACACAUUGUGUCCAAAGUACGCCAAGACAUCAGGAACAUGUUCAUAGGCCUCAAAACUCGUUCACUUAGCCAGAAUAUGAGGUCUUUCAACCAGCUUUACGUGGAAGAGCACGAUAAUGUGAGCAUUUUGUACGCGGACGUUGUCAAUUACACGAUGAUAUCAACCACAUUGGCUCCAAUGAGGAUGGUGGAGCUCCUGAAUGAACUGUUCGGGAGAUUCGACGAAGCUUCUGAGGAAUAUGAUGUUCUAAGAAUCAAGUUCUUGGGCGACUGUUACUACUGUGUCAGCGGGAUCCCGAAGCCCACAGACCAGCACGCCAAGAAUUGCGUCGACCUCGGCUUGGAGAUGAUUCACAUCAUCAAAGACGUCAGGGAUGCAUUGGAAAGAGAAAGAAACAAAAAUUGUGCGCCAAGUCCGAGUACAACAAAUACAAGCGAGGGUUCCGUAGAUCUUUUUUUGUCAAUUACUGAUAACGGACCAGUUACAGAGGAAAAGGAAAAGCGUUCACUAAACAUUGACAUGAGGAUAGGUGUCCACUCUGGGAAGAUCCUCAGUGGACUGAUUGGUAUCCGAAAAUGGCAGUUUGACGUUUGGUCAAAGGAUGUUACGAUUGCUAACAAAAUGGAAUCCACUGGCCAGGCAGGAAAAGUCCACGUGACAAAACAAACUCUCGAAUUACUGCUGGAGUACGCAAGAGAAUAUAUCAUUGAACCAAAUUUUGAAUCUCAGAACGAUCCUUUCAUUGUUAAAAAUAAACUGGAGACCUAUCUGCUGUCGAGACCUUCAAGGGCUCUUGAAUACAGACCGUUCCGUCGAGCAUCAGUUGGCUUCAACAAAAUAAUAACGAAAACAAACACGUCUACUAGACGAGCGGAAAAGAGGAGCACUAAUAGUGUUCGAAGGACCACAACUUUUAUGGAUGAAAAUUUAGUGGAGUAUCAACAAAUGUUGAAAGCUGCUGAUGCUCAAAUGGCGAAAGAGAUUGAAGAUAUGACACAUGGAAGAGAACAUUUUCGCAACGAAUCGAAACUGAACAGGUUCACAUUGAUGUUCAAGAACUGCCAAAUGGAGAAACAAUUCCUGCUGCUACCAGACCCGUUAUUCAAAUAUUACAUGACUUGCUGUCUGAUAAUCUUCUUACUGAUGUUCCUAAUAAAUGGUCUAACUACAAAAUGGUUUGAGGGCUUCAAUUGGUAUGCCUGGGUGUUACUCGGCGUUCUUCUAAUUGUUCUUAUUUUACUUCAACCCUUAACUUGGUUCCAAUUUCUCUGGACUAAACACAAUAGUUAUGAAGAACCUCGAAACAAAUUCCUGCGCUGGGUCUACGACGUCUCUACUAAUAUCAUAAAAUCGGCUCACAUAAGGACUGGGAUCUACUUAAUGAUAAGUAUUGGACUUGCUGCUACAUCUGUGGUGAACGUCAUUGCGUGCAGAGAAGUUCCAGUGCCGGCUGCUGAGAGUGUUCUCUCAAAUUGUAUAUCUUCGUGGCAUGUGACUCAGUGUUGGGGCUUGGCGUUGCUCUUGAACUUUCUGUUCAGCAGGGUUUUCUUCAUCUUCAAAUGGAUCAUCGCUGCCAUCAUGACCACUUUCUAUCUGUGGAUUGUAUGGGAGAUCAAAACCUCUCUUUUUAUCAAUGACAUGACCUGGAACGUAGGAUUGGACCCUAGAAUAUCUCAUACUUUAGCUGUCGUCAUCAUUACGGUAACACUGUACUGGAUUGAUAGAACUACGGAAUUCCGGAACAGAUUGGAUCAUUUGUGGCAGUUACAGUUGAGUGAAGAACAAAGUGAAGCAGAGACUAUGUUGAAAGUAAACAAUAUGCUUUUAGAAAACAUUUUACCAGCUCAUGUCGUUCAAGUUUACCUAAACUUAAACAGAUCUUUGGACGAAUUGUAUUACGAAAAGUAUGACAACGUAGCAGUAAUGUUUGCGUCUUUGACUGAUUACAAACUGGGCAUAGAAGGCGAUGCAGAUAUGAGUGAUAAAUUCCUUUUGAGUAUUCUGGACGAAAUCAUAUCGGAUUUUGAUAGACUGCUGCUUACGGGAGCUUCUGAGUAUAAAGUAGAAAAGAUUAAAAUGGCUGGAUGGACCUACAUGGCUGCUUGUGGGUUAGACCCAAGUAGAAGAGAAUCUAAAGACUCAUAUCCAAAUGGGCCUGCUUCUUUAGAUACACCUCCGCCUAAAGUACGCCAAAACAGUCCAUAUGGCCGGGCAGUAGUACUGACCAUGGUAGAAUUUGCUGCGGCAAUGAUGAUGCAAUUACAAAAUUUCAACAGAGGAUCGUUUCAAAGUUUCGAGGGGCUGAACUUACGAAUUGGUAUAUCCAACGGUGUAGUAGCUGCUGGUGUGGUGGGAUCACAAAAGCCACUAUACGAUAUUUGGGGGCAUGCAGUGAACAUGGCAUCAAGAAUGGACUCUACUGGCGAAUCUGGCAAGAUACAGGUGACAGAAAACACAGCUAUUAUUUUGGACGAAUGCGACAUCCUCACCACCUGUCGCGGAGAGACCUUCGUGAAGGGUGCUGGCUACGUCAAAACAUACUUCGUUCCUUUAGACGAAAACUUCAAUUUGAUCAAGAAAAAGAACAGCAUGGACUUUUAUAGAAUUGAAGAUAGGAGCCGGUACUUCGCUGUGAAGGCUCAUAGAUAUAGUAAUACGUCAGACGAUUUGAGGAGAUAUUCUACUUUUGAUGUGCGAAGGUUGUCCUUGAACAGUGAUUGCACUGUGAGCAGUAUGGACACUGAACUGGCCAGAGCACCCACCCCAAUAGAAGAUACAGAUAUUACUAGUGUAUCGUCAGAAGUUAAAGAAACACGUUGCUGACGAAUAAUUUUAUUUUAGACUUUAAGUUAGCUUAGUUAAGGUCCGUUCUCAAAUACUUCUGUCUGAUUUGUACCAUUUGUACCGAGGUUAUAAUCGCAGCCUUGUGAUGAUCGGAAGAUUAUUGAUAUUCCAACGUAUAUUAGGGUUAUUAGUAGUUAUUUAUUUUAAGUUAAAUAGAACAUGGAUUAAUUUAGUUAAAAUAAUUUUAACAAUGUUGAAUUAAGGUGCUUAACUGUUAAGAAUUUUAGUGUAAAUAUAUGCCAUAUUUGCUUUAGAUUGGUUUCGUACCUAAGUCCUUAGGUAAUACUAUUAAUCUCAGUUUAUCUUUCCUCCCUAUAACGAUCACUACUUUU